ACGGAGGCGCAGUCACGACGCCGUGCCUUCGCGAAUCCCUCUUGUUUGGUCCACCUUCGUCGUCGCGUCGGGGGCUCGACGCGAUUCAGUUCCGGCACGCGCAUACGCGGUGUCUGUGUGGAAUAUCCAUUUUGUUGAUUUAUAAAGUGCAGUGCGAUCAAUCAGUGGGAUAACCAAAUGGUUGUGCUCGAGGAAGGCAGUAUGCUGACUACUGGACACAAUCAGUAUCUACAACCGGAUUACCUUUCGCCAGUUGCAACUUCGGUGCAAUUGGAUGCGAAAAAGAGUCCGUUGGCAUUGUUGGCACAGACAUGUAGCCAAAUCGGAGCGGAUUCGCCGACGAAACCGCUGAUUUCGCCUUUGGAGAAGAGCUCGAAGGGCAUGAGCAUCGCCACAAACGCGAAAUCGCCGCCGGCCGCGAAACUGGAGCGCAAUACCCGCGGCAGUCCGACGGACGGCAAGCCGCUGGCGUUCAAGCCGUACGAGACCAACGUCGUGACGAAGAAGACGACCUCGGACGAGGGUAGACCCACGUCGAAAGCCAGUGUGCACAGUGUCAGUGGUCAGGAUUGUAUCAGUGUGAGUGACAGCACGUAUCCCGACAAAAAGUCGUCCGGCAAUCGUACGCCGGUGAGCCGAAAGUCCGCGUCGCCGAGCAGCCAAGCGACGGCAACGACGACCAGCGGCACGCCGUCGGUCGACCGGAAGACCCCGGCGGACCGCGAGAAGACCGACGGUUCACCGCGGAGCAACAGCAACAACGGCAGCAGUAAUAACAACAACAACGGCGCGAGUCCGAUUAUCCGAUCCGGAAUGGAGAUUCUCUCCGGCGCGCACACGAAGGAUGCGAAUCUGGCCGCUUACAAGGCGGGUCUUCCAGGAUUCUCCAGCAAUCCGCUGUGCUGCCCGCCGGGCCUCGCCGAGAAUCCGGCCUUCAGGCCGCCGUUCGCGGGCGCGUCACCCUUCUCGCAUCAUGCGGCGGCGCUGCUCUCCGUCGGCUACCCGUCGGCGGGCCCGACCAGCGGCAAUCCGUACUUGAGUUACGCCCGCGUCAAGACACCCGCCGGCGGCGAGGCCCUGGUGCCCGUGUGCAAGGAUCCCUUUUGCACUGGUUGCCAGUACAGCAUGCACAGCGCGCAGAUCAUGAUGGGCGCGGGCAGCUGUCCGAGCGGUUGCACGCAGUGCGACCAUCAGAAGUACGGGCUGGCGAUGGCCUUGUCGUCCCUGGGCCCGAUGCCGCCACCGUCGUUGUCCUAUCCGUCCACGCUGGCAGGUGGCCGGCCCUACGUCUGCAACUGGAUCGCCGGCGAGUCGUAUUGCGGCAAGCGAUUCUCCACGUCGGAGGAGCUGCUCCAGCAUCUGCGUAGCCACACGAGCCUGACCGGCGGCGAUCACGCGGCGGCCUCCGCGGCGGCGCUCCUCGGCAAUCCGCAUCCGCAUCCGCUGCUGUCGCCGUCGACCACCCUGCACCGCGCCAGCGGCGGCACCUACCCGGCGCCGUCGCUGAGCCCGCUCGGCACGCGGUAUCAUCCGUACGGCAAGCCGCCGACGGGUCCGCUGCCAGCCUCGCUCGCGGCCUCGCCGUACAGCGCUUUCAACGCCUUAGGACCGUAUUAUUCGCCGUACGCCGUUUACGGACAGCGAAUCGGCGCCGCCGUACAUCCCUAAGAUGGAUAUAUAUAUUUCGGAAGGGGGAAGGGGGAGGGAAGAAGAGGGUGGUACGACCGAUAGGAUCUUUCAAAGGGAUUUUCUUCUCGUUCCUCCCUCUCUCUUUGUAUCUUUCCCUUUUCUCAGUGUACAGUUGGAAAAAAAAAUGUGCAAAAUGAUGAUAACCUGACGAAUGAUGAUAUCUGCCGUCUCAGACUGAUGUGUAAAUAGCCAAUGUGUACAAUACAGAUUUAUUUAAAAGAAUUCUAUAUAUGUAUAUAUAAAUAUAAAUAUAUGUGUACAUUGAGGAUUAUGAUUAAAGUUUAUGAAACAACUUGGCAGUGUUGACGUUGCAUCGCGAGAUCCAUUCUCUUGCGCGGAACUUCUAUGAUACCGGUAAUACACGCAUCUCUAUUAAAAAUCCGGUUACCAUGUAGGGGGAAAGGAUUACCUGGCCAGCUGUAAGUUGAUGUUGUUGCAACUGCCGGACGCGUUACGCCGACUGAGGACACGUUAAAAAAAAAUUCGCCUCUACUCUAUUCAAAGAACUCACGAGGCACUUUCCGACUGCGCUUCCGCGAAUCGCGUGCUGUUUCGAGUUUUUUUUUCGGCGAUCAUCCCGACAACACCUCGUUGUACACGUCAUCCUCGUAUUCGUAGGCGACGUUAAUCGAUCAUUUAUUCGGCGACAUAUGAUUGCAAAAGUGCGUACUACUGUAUUGUUUUCCCGACGCUCCGCGAACGCGAGCUUCUCGUGCAAAAAUACGUUCGAUAGCGCGCGCAGCACCGUACGGACAAUCGGUCGCGCGUAAUCUUAUGUCCACGAUAUAACUGUGAUAUUACGCUACUCUCUUGAGAAAACAAACACGUAGGGAAGGGAUAUUAUUAACGAAAAUGUGUCUAAAGAUAUCUCCUAACACACAACAUUGUAAUUUAUUAUCGUUAAUUGUGUAAGGCAAAUACCGAAUGCCGAAAGAACGAAAAUAAAAUUGAUCUAGAGAGAAUCUGUUUUAUCAUUUUCUUUUCGAAAUUCAGUAAUUUCGCACUGAGAGAUGAUUGUUUUCAUAAUAGUAUAUCCGGGAGCGUAUUGAAUCGUGUAUCGUUGAAACAUCACGUCGACUCACGUUGUCGAAUGAGAAUAUUCUAAUAAACGAAAAAAUAACAUGGUGUACGGUACGUCUUAUUCAUUGUAAAUUUCUCUUGUAAAUAUCGUUGAGUUUCCAUACCGUUUUAAUAAAAAAGCAAUGUUUGUAGAAUUA